UUUCAGAUUUUGGUACCGCUGCUCUUUCAUUAUGGUCGAAAUUCACGAGGAAAGUACUGUUGCUCACGAAGGUUCUUCUCUACCACCGGGUAGUUCACCUUCUGACGGUAGUUCAUCAGCGACGCAUUCUGAAGUGAGAGGACAGUCAACGUUAGCAGAUCUUUUGAAAUCGCGUCAAACAGAUGUUAUCCUUUUCUUGACAAGAAUUGUGACCCUUUUAUGUACGUUAUAUUUUAUUUUACCGUUCGGCGUGCGAAGUUCUCAGUACUCAGCUUAUUCAAAAGCGUUUGCAGCGGCUGCUGCAACGAAUGCCCUUCGCGUACAUCAGCGUGUUGGAGGACUACGUUUCACUCGGGAGUUUUUGUCUAUGAUACUUAUGGAAGAUUCGUGUCAUUAUCUUAUUUACUCCGUUUUGUUCAUAACUUCAACCCCAAUUACUAUGGCACUUAUGCCAAUAUUUUUAUAUGGAUUGCUGCACACCAUUAAUUUCACCACUCAAAUAUGUUACGCACUUGGGAAAGCAACGAAUAUAGCUGACAAAGUGUCUGACUUAACACGGCAACAUACGCAGAAUCUUUUGGGGAUUAUUGCCUGUUCUGAAAUAUUCUUAAUGCCAAUGCUUGUUGCCAUGGUGUUCGUGGGUAAGGCUUCGUUCUUCCUGCCCUUCAUAUAUUACCGAUUUAUAACGCUACGUUAUGUGUCGCGCAGGAACCAUUCUAUAAGAUUGGUUUUCUACCAGCUUCGUGUUUCUCUUGAGCAAGCAGUGUCGAGUCCUAAUUGUCCACAAGUGAUCCGCAAUGCAGUGCAUUCCGUUAUCAGUCUUACUUGUCGGCUCUGUCCUGCAACAGUUCAAUAAAAGAAGCGUGAUUUUCAUACCGAAGAAUUUCCAAUUCCAGUUUUUUUAUAGUUUUUAGUGUUACAUUCAAAUCAGCAGUUUUAUGGAUCACGC